CGAGAGCCCACACCGAACAGCCACAAGUCGCCCCGCCAGUGAAUUCGAGCCGAGUCGCGCGUCAGAAUAACAGCGCACGUGACAGCAACGACUCCGAGGGGGAGGAAGAAGAAGAAGAAGAAGAAGAGAUCGAGAGAAUGCGCCGCCAGAACAGUCAGACUGCGUGGCACGAUUCCAUGCCAGAUGUGACUGGACUAUCAUCUCCUAUGUUGCUCACCGAUGUGGAGGAUAACCCAGGUAUUGGACUUCCGCUGGAACUACCGCCCAUCGUUGAAGACAUAACGGAGCCAAAUAUAGAUGCAGGAGAGACAGCAAAGAGAAGUGCGACUGCUCCAGUGCAAUGCCGGUCGCUUGCGAUAUCUAGCAAAGAUACGUCCGAGUAUAACAUUACUGCUCAGUUUCAAGUUCUUAAAAACCUCGGCGACACCAUCGCUAGUCGCGCAAAAGAGCAUCUUGAUUUCUCUAACUCCCACCUUGCCACUUACAUAACGAAGAAGGCAGACCUCGCCACAUUAAACAUCAGCCUCCGGGCGAAAACGAGUGAACUCGAACAACUGCCGACGGUCGAUGGACUACUAACUGAAGGAGACAUGUUUGCUAACAAGUCCGCCUCUGUCAGCCUUUUUUCGCAAUACGCCAAGGAAAUGGGAGAUCUGUUACAAAAAAUGAGGCAAACGACUCGCGUAGAGGAGAAAUCUCUCAACCAUCGGAUCAAUACGCUCAAAGUCGAGUUAUCGGACUGCCAAACAAAUCUCAAAUUGGCCGGUACAUUCGCGUUACAAAGCGUGGACGAUGCACGCCGAGAAAUCAGCGAGCUUGAGGCCAGCGCUUGUGCAGCAGAGAAACUUGUGGAGCACUUCCGCAAGAAUGCUCGCGUGAACAGAGAUAGACUUAUGGCGUUAGAAGUAACGCCUGAGCUCGCAGAGGCGAAAGCUGCGACAUCCGAAACCUGAAAUUCGUUGUUCGCCCGGAUACUUCUUUGUUACGAUCAUUUUCUCAACCUCCUUUAUCUAGUAAUACUUCUUAUAUACUUGGGAGCUCUGCCCAUCAGAGUGUUGGCCGAUAUUUUCUUUUCUUUCCUAUGUAACAUUGCCAUGUUCGUGCACGUUAAUCAUUGAACUUGGCUUUCAAGAGAUAAUACAGUUGGAGAAUUGCCGGUGAUUCUGGCUUGAAUAAUAAAUAAGCGGUAGGCGUGGCCACGGCAUGCGUCCCUCCCUCAGUAAGUACUCUAGCCACCGUAUAGAUGUACUAAGAUGAUAUAACGGCAGAGAGAUGGCACAAUUGCAUUAUGGC